AAACAAAUGGCGUUUUUUCAUCCAAAAGAAAGUAGACGCUGUUUAAAAACAAUUUUAUAAAUUCAAUAAAUUUAUUAAUUUCUCAUCCUAUUUUGUUGUUUAAACAUGUUCUAAGUGUAAUAUUGUUGUUCAAAGUUUCAUUUACUAUAAAAUACCACCCUUAAAUCAUUGUUCACUGUCUUAAAAGUGUCUCAGAAAAAACUCAAUUCCAAAAAAUGUUAGCAAGAAGAGGCGGCAAAAGAAUUAGGAUGGAUGAUCCUCCUCCAGAUUAUGAAGAUGAGAGGGAGCCUCUCAACGAAAGUGUAUCCGAUGGACAUGAAGGCGAAAGUCCUACAAAACGUAUGACUCGUCUACGUGCUCGCGGAGGAGUUCGAGACAAGCCACCAAUUAUUGAUGACGAUGAAGAUGAUUUCUUUGCUCCCAUCAUCAAGAAACGAAAACAAGCUUUGCCACCAAAGCCUCCCAAAGAGAAACGUGAACGCGUUGAACGUGUUAGAAAGGUAGACGAAGACAAGGAACAAGAACGCAUUGAUAAGGAGCGUGAUGUUACAACAGAUGAAUCCAGUCUGUAUUACAUUGUUCGUCAUUCAAAAGCUGCUAUUGCUAGCAUCGUUGAUGAUUGGAUUGAAAAUUAUAAACAAAAUCGUGACACGGCUCUUAUAGCUUUGAUGCAAUUUUUUAUCAAUGCUAGUGGAUGUAAGGGUAGGAUUGCUGAAGAUAUGCCACAUCCAAUGGAACAUACUGCUGUCAUUCGUAAAAUGACUGAAGAAUUUGAUGAGGAAAGUGGUGAAUAUCCACUUAUAAUGCCAGGAGCACAAUGGAAGAAAUUCAAAAUGAAUUUCUGUGAUUUCGUUCAGACACUUGUUAAACAAUGCCAGUAUUCGAUUAUUUAUGAUCAGUUUUUGAUGGAUAAUGUGAUUUCUUUACUCACUGGGCUUUCAGAUUCACAAGUUCGUGCUUUUCGUCAUACAGCUACGUUAGCAGCCAUGAAACUAAUGACCGCUUUAGUUGAUGUUGCUCUCUUGGUGUCUUCUAAUUUUGAAAAUGCUGCAAAACAAUACGAAGCCGAAAGAGUUAAAACUCGAGACCGCAGAGCCACAGAUCGUUUGGAAUCUCUAAUGACGAAACGUGCUGAACUUGAAGAAAAUAUGGAUGAAAUUAAAAAUAUGCUAACGUAUAUGUUUAAAUCAGUAUUUGUCCAUCGAUACAGAGAUACUCUGCCAGAUAUCAGAGCAAUUUGUAUGUCAGAAAUUGGUGUUUGGAUGGAUAAUUACUCCCAAAAUUUCUUGGAUGAUUCAUAUUUAAAAUACAUUGGUUGGACUCUACACGACAAAGUUGGUGAAGUACGUCUAAGAUGUUUGCAAGCCCUAUUGCCCCUCUACGAGAGAGAUGCUCUUAAAGGAAAACUUGAACUAUUCACAUCCAAAUUUAAAGAUCGCAUAGUUGCCAUGACAUUAGACAAAGAAUUUGAUGUUGCUGUUCAUGCUGUUAAACUUGUUAUAAGCAUUUUAAAAAUCCAUCCUGACAUUUUGGCCGACAAAGAUUGUGAAAUUGUCUAUGAACUGGUAUAUUCUUCUCAUCGCGGUGUUGCUCAAGCUGCGGCUGAAUUCUUAAAUGUACGCUUGUUUCAUUUAACACCCGACAUGGAGGAAGUUAAGACCAAACGAGGAAAGCUCCGUCUGCCAAAUACACCACUAGUCCGUGACUUGGUUCAGUUCUUUAUUGAAUCGGAGUUACACGAACAUGGCGCCUAUCUGGUCGACUCUUUCAUUGAUAACAAUGUCAUGGUCAGAGACUGGGAGUGUAUGACCGAUUUACUGCUAGAAGAACCAGGCCCAAAUGAAGAACAACUUGACAAUAAACAAGAAUCUACUUUGAUUGAAAUCAUGGUCAGUAGUGUUAAACAAUCGGCCACUGGGGAAGCGCCUGUAGGUCGGGCAAGCAAUCGUAAAAUCACUUUAAAUGUUAAAGAAGUUAAGGCAAUUCAGGAUGAAAAAAUAAAAUUAACUGAGCAUUUUAUUUUAACACUGCCUCCGAUGUUGGAGAAAUAUCAAGCUGAUAGUGAAAAGUUGACAAAUUUACUAUCGAUCCCACAGUACUUUGAGUUGGAUAUUUACACAACUUCUAGACAGGAGUCGAAUUUGCAAGCAUUGCUGGACAAAAUGGGACAAAUCAUGUCGAAGCACACCGAUCGAGAUGUUCUUGAAACCUGUGCAAAGACUUUGGAAUAUCUUUGCUCGGAAGGAAGUGCCACAUACACACGAUGUGAUGUAGCUCGAUCGAAUAUUAUAGAUCACUCUGUCAAUAAGUACAAAGAUGCCAUUGAUGAAUGGCGUAAUCUCAUUGCAGGCGAAGAACUUCCAAAUGAGGAUGAAAUCUACACCAUCAUCAUUUCGUUGAAAGUUGUUUCAAUAUUGUAUUCAUGUCACAAUUUGAAUCCAUGGAAUCUAUUCGAUUCUUUGUAUCAAGACAUUGAGGAGAGUCAGUCGAAAGAGAAUCCUGGACGAGGAUUGCCAAAUGAAGCAUUAGCUUAUUGUAUUGAAGCUUGUUAUUUCUCCUUGACUUGGGGUUUGUAUUAUUUGGAGAAUCAAUGUGAAAGCUCCAGUGUCCAGAGUGGAUGUGCCGAGUUGAAAACAAAUUUGCAUAAAUACAUAAAUGCAUGUUGUGAACUGACUCGUGAUGGGCCAACACAACAAAUUCAAGAAUCAGCCUAUCAAUCGGUUUGUGAUCUUCUCAUAAUCUUCUCUGAUCAGCUGUCAACAAGUGAAAAUGAACAUAUUCGCAUUUUGGAGUAUAGAUCUGCCCUAGAUGAGCAGUUGAUUUUAAAUAACUUUGUUCAGCAUUAUGUGUUUUCUCUUAAACCAGAAGAAUGCCACGAUGAGACACGAAUUGAAGAACUGCAUAAGAAGAGAAAUUUCUUAGCAUCUUAUUGUAAAUUGAUUGUUUACAAUAUCAUUCCUACAAAGAGUGCAGCUGGACUGUUUAAACAUUAUGUCAGGUGUUAUAAUGAAUAUGGCGAUAUUAUCAAAGCCACUCUUGGCAAAGCAAGAGAAAUCAAUAAAGUUAACUUUUCGUUAACACUUUUAUUAAGUUUAAUAGCAGUUUUUAAGGAUCUUCAAGCACAAUACGAUAAUGGAAUUAUUUCGAAAUCCUCCCAUGACUUUAGUGAACUGAAAGAAUUGGCAAAGAGAUUUGCAUUAACAUUUGGUUUUGAUGCGAUUAAAAAUCGUGAACCAAUUAUUGCUCUACAUAGAGCUGGUAUUUUAUUUGCAGUUCAUGAUGUUCCUGAAGAUCCAUCAGCCGCACCAACACGUCUUUUGUUUUUGGAAAUUUUAAAUGAAUUCAAUAAUAAAUUGCUGAAGCAGGAUAAGAAAGUUAUAUUGAAUUUCCUCGAUAGACGAAUAUCGCCUGGAAUGCCAUCUAGCAAAGCCGAAGAAUGGCAACCAUUGGUUUUGUAUAGAAAUUCACUGCUUCAUGGUGAGACAGAUCAGCCACCACCAGUGACGACAAAGAAAGCUUAUCAUAGAAAACGUCGUAUAAGUCAUGAUGAUGACGACGAUGAUGAUUAUGAUGAUGAUCAAAAUGAUCCAGAUUUUAGGGGCUAAGAGACACAAAUAUUGAUUUGAUUCUUUUUUUUUUUUUAUUUUAAUUAUAAAUUUAGUUGAAUUGAACUGAAUAAGAAUAUAAAUAUUCUACG